UAAAUGAUUUAUUAAAAAAUCUAUCAAAUAUUUAGGAAUAAUUAUAAAUUUUUCAAGGAAAAAUACGAUUCAAUUUUGGAAAAUAACAAGAAGAAAAUAUUACGCUAUUCGGAAAAAGGACAGAAUGACGAACAAUAUUCAUAGGUAUUCAGAUUUAAUAUCAGAAGAUUACGAGGAAAAUUUGGCCGUAUCAACGGGUGCCUUGCAAAAUGAAACAGCUUUUCAAAGUGGGAUUGAGUUUGAUGCUAGGUAUAUCGGAAGCAUGGAAGUCCCCAAACCAACUAACCGGACGGAUAUCGUUAUAGCAAUGAGAAGAAUCAGGUUCGAAUACAAGGCUAAUUCAGUCAAAAAGAGGCCUAUCAAAUUGACAAUCUCCGCGAACGGCAUUAAAGUUACGUUCAAAAUGCCGAAAAAAAAAUUUAUCAAAUUGAAACAAGAAUUCGUUGAAGAACAAAUCCUGUAUAAUCAUCCAAUAUAUAGGGUAUUUUAUGUUUCUCACGAUUCCCAAGAUCUCAAGAUUUUUAGUUAUAUAGCGAGAGAUUGCGGUACGAACCAUUUUAAAUGUAACGUCUUUAAAGCUGAUAAAAAGAAUCAAGCAAUGUUAAUAGUUAGAACGAUAGGGCAAGCCUUCGAAGUUUGUCACAAAUUCGCAUGCGAAAAAGAUUACAAAUCCUCAAAAGACAUAACUCCUAUUACGAUCGACAAAAAAUCAGACAAAUGUCGCGACAAACCUCUAAUGGUACCUGAAGAGGGCGACUUUAAGGUGGAUAAUGCGUGUAAAUUAGGUGCCUCUAUGAAUAGCAUAACAUUUGAAAAAGUGCAUAUGAGAGACAGCGGUUUAUCGGGCUAUUCAAUGAUCAGUGAUUCUUUUGUCCAUAUAUCUUCAAUUGAAAAGGACCAAGUAAAUGAUACCUGCAUAAAUGACAAAGAAGACUCUGGAUCUUACAGCAAAACAUUAUCCUCCCCAGAGGACGAUGAUUUGUUUGAGGACAUGGAUGAUAAUCAGAUUUCCCAUCUAUUUUUGCUGAGUCAGCAUUUGAAGCGCUAUAAACAUAAAUUGCAAAUGGCUCACGCCCAAAUCAAAUUUCUGAGAGAAAAACUAAAUCUCGAAACUAAUGCCAGAAGAGAAACUCAAGUCAGAGUAAAUCAAUUAUUUAAACAGAACGAGGAAUUGCUCCAACAAAUCCAACAGUUUUUUAAAAUCAUGAAGGAAAACAAUCUUAUAAAAGGAUCGAUAGUUUUUACAGAUAAAAAAGUUAAGACGUUCAAAUGCGAUUACAAGAUAUGCCCAGAUAGAAUUUCUAAUAAAAAUACCCCCAACAAAAAUUUGUCGCCUCUCCCACCUACCUUGGCUAUAGAUGAGAAAUUUAAGAAUGAUGUAAAUAAUGAUCCCAAGGAGGAAAAUUGUGCCUGCCUUCCUAAAUAUGAAUCGAACAUAGUUAUGAAAGCACCCCAAAGCCAUCUCGAACAUAGCGACCAUGAGUUUUAUGGCUGUAACCCUUAUUUAAGAACUUCCAUCGACUUCAACAAUCCAGAUUCACCAGGCCGAUACACUAGCACCCCUUUUAAAAUAUAUCGUAAUAGCAAAUUAUCGCCUCAAAGGAAUUAUCCUAUUCACAAUAACGGUAUCUCGAAUCACGAAGUGGAUACGAUGAAAUAUAUAUACAAAGCAAAUUUGACGCCAGAUAAAAAGGUAGAAAUAAGCUGCGCCGAAUGCUCAUCGUUGAAUCAAGUCAAAAAAUUAUCCGCUCCCACGAUUUAUAGUAAAUCAACCAUCGCUAUAAACUCAGGCUUAGGAAUAGAUAGCGGUAAAGAUUUGUCGAAGGAAAAACCAUUAGCAUCAACCCAAUUUGCCGAUUUUACAAUUUUCGGUGUUCCAAGCCCUAAAAAAACCCAGGCUGAACAACGUCUUUCCAAUCAAGAUAUCGGCGGGGAAGAACUCAAUCUAUUCGAUAUCUUUAAUAUCAAAAAUAAUAGAAGCACUAGUGAUGCACAGUCCAAAAAAUGGGUUGCGAAAGGAUUAGUUAAGCCAGCUCCGGGAUUAAGUGGAUUACAAUUGGCAGCCGAUUCUUACAGCAAGAAUGAAAAUUCAAAUUUUGAGUGGAUUUCUGGACAAGAUCUAAAAUGGGAUCCCAAUCAUCGUUUAAACGAUCAAUUCAACGAAUUCGUAUCGGCUCCAUAUAAUAAUGGCACGGAGUGUGGCGAUAAGUUACCAGAGGAAGAUCACAUGAUUUCGUUUACUUCGUCGCAAUUUAGGUGCUUAUUACUGGCACCUCAAUAAAAAUAUUUUGUUAAAACGGAAAUGAAAACAAGAAAAAUAUUAAAUAAUUUGUUCCCUGAAUUUUAAACUUUGAAUUUAUUUAUCUUGAUAAGUUUUCAGGAGAAAUCAUAAUUGUUAAUAUUUUUUAAUUCCUUUAUUAAAUUUUUCCCAAACCCUCUUGAAUCGUUAAAAAUUUUUAAUAUAAACCCAGAUAUCAAUAAUAUGGCCGGAUAGAAUAAUAGUAUGGCUCUUCGUUAUUUGUUUUAAAAUACCUUUUAAUUUUAGUAACAAACAAAAAAGGAUAAUAAUAUUAUUUUUUAAAUAAUGUAACAAAUAUAUUUUGUAAUUAAACUUUUGAUUUCGUUAUCUGUUUUUCCCCCUGAAUUAUCACAUUAUAAUUAUCAUAUUAUAAUGCCUUAUUAUAAUAUUGAAAUUGGUUUACUAAAUUAUUAUAACUUUUCAAUUUGUUAA